UACUACCGCCUUGCUGACAUCGUGUCCCCGUCGCUCAAACUGUCGACAACAUUCUGAAGACCUUACAAGAUACAUUGCUCUUGCAAAGACUCUUCUUGUCUCAUUCAGAAGACCUGAAGUCUCCCUACUCAAGAAUGUUGAACCCUCCCUUGACCGUCAUCUCGCGUUUCGGAUCCUGUCGUAACUGGAUCCUGGGUCUUCUUCACGUCAUCCAAUUCCCUUCGGGACUUCCUGUUUUUGCGAGGUCUUUCGCGAACUAUGGACUCCGCGGAACUUCAGGACGGUACUUGCCAUCCUCGAUGGGACGUCCUUUAUUCCGCUGCAGGCUUUUCCCCACCUGUUCCAGAGACUAUUAGCGAUCGAGCCAGCGAAAAAUGCAAUAUGCUGAACUCGGGUGGUGUCACAGUACUGAGACUAUCUCCCGAUAUGGUCGUGAAAUAUGGGCCACAUGUUACCAUCACCGAAGCGCAGAGCAUGAUUUUUGUGGCAGAGCACACGAAAGCGAUCCCUAUUCCGAAGGUUUUCGCGUAUUGUACUUAUGGUCCACUCAACAGAGACAUCGACGACUACGGGAGCCUUUUUGACACCUACAUAUUUAUGAGUCUUGUUGAGGGUCAAACUCUCGACUUAGCUUGGGACUCAUACGAUGAACUGACGAAGACCCAUAUUGCGAAUGAGCUAAAGACAUAUAUGGACGAGCUCCGUGAGAUCAGAAGCGAGUCCUACAUUGGGUCUGUCAACAAAGGACCUGUCAGGGACCAGAUUUUUGACAACUUCCACGUUAAAGGUCCCUUUGAAUCAGAGGAGGCAUUCAACGAAACAAUCAUCGACGCAUAUCAGGCAAACUUCCCAAGGCGACACAUCAGAAGUUUCCUUGCGGGCAUGCUCUCCCAGAAAAGGCACAGAGUUUAUUUUACUCAUGCGGAUUUGCGUCCGCAAAACAUCAUGGUGCGAGGCGGGAGUAUCACUGGUAUUAUUGAUUGGGAAUUGAGUGGUUGGUAUCCAGAAUACUGGGAGUUUGCAAAAGCACUCUACGUCUGGAGGUGGCAGAACGACUGGGUCGAUUACUUGACCAAAGCCUUGGAACUGUAUUAUAAUGAAUACGCUGUCCAUUCGUUCGUGGCCGAAGCCUUAUGGUGA